AGAAGUCUCUGGUUGCCAAGAUGAAGUUGUUUGCCGCAGUCCUGCUGCUCUGCAGUAUAGCGCAUGCACAAGAUUGCAGCCCAGGCUGGAUAAGAAGAGGAAAUACCAACUUCUGCUACCAAUUUCAAAACACUCCAAAAUCAUUUGAUGAUGCGAUAGGUGACUGUGCUUCAAAGUCAGGAUUGGUGACUCAUAUUCUGGAUCUGGAGGAGCAAGACUUUGUGUCAGCCAUGGUUAAGAACCAGACAAGCGACAUAUGGCUCGGCCUGACUGAUACUGAUAAUGGGAAAGGCGUUUGGGAUUGGACCGGCUAUAUUUGUGUGCCCACCACUUACUGGGAUGAUGUCCAACCAAGUUAUGGUAACGGUGACGCUAAUUGUGCAGUAAUGAGAGCAAACACAAGCCUUUGGGACGAUAGGGAUUGCUCCGAAUUGCAUCCUUACAUUUGUAAGAAAAAGAUUGUUGGCACAUAUCCUUAUUUUGUACCUCUCAAUGUGACUUGCAGCGACAACUGCAUGUAUAAGUUCCCCAAUCGCACUUGCGUGCCUUACGACAAUCGGGUUAAGCAUGUAUAA